AUGUCGUCUUCUGUCUCAACGGUCCCUUUUGCGGAUCCCCUUUGGCUCAAUCGCUACUACACUCCAUAUUAUAACCAGUCGCAUCGCCGGCUGCAAACGGAAGUCCGCGAGUAUGUUGAUACUCACAUCGCGCCAUUUUGCGAAGAAUGGGAGAAACAGGGCUUUGUACCCCCAGAGGUUCAAAGGCGUCACGCCGAGCUAGGAUAUACAGCUGUCGCAUCCUUCCCUUUGGCGGCAGAUUACCUGAACGGCCAGCGACUCCCAGGCGACGUCAACCCCAGAGAGUGGGAUGGCUUCCAUGACCUCGUUGUAAUUGAUGAGUUGGCUCGUUGUGGAUACUUGGGAAUUAUCUGGGCACUUGGAUGUGGAAACUCGAUUGGAGGGCCGCCCGUUAUCAACUUUGGGAACGCAGAGCAGAAACAACGAUUCCUACCUGAUAUGUUGAGCGGAAAAGUCAAGUUCUGCUUGGGAGUGACAGAGCCAGAUGCUGGAUCCGAUGUCGCUGGCAUUACCACAACUGCCGAGAGAAAGGGUGAUGUGUAUAUCGUCAAUGGUGCUAAGAAGUGGAUCACGAAUGGCAUCUUCGCAGAUUACUGUACUGCAGCUGUCCGUACUGGUGGAGAAGGCACACAGGGCAUCUCGGCCUUGGUCAUUCCAAUGAAAGCUCCCGGUGUGACAUGCAGGAAGAUUGAGAACUCGGGUGUUCACGCAAGUGGGUCGACUUACAUCGAAUUUGACCAAGUCGAGGUUCCAGUGGCCAAUUUACUUGGUGUCGAGAACAAGGGCUUCCCGGUUAUCAUGAACAACUUCAACCACGAGCGCCUUUGGCUAGCAUGCACGUCCCUUCGUAUGGCCCGUGUAUGCGCAGAAGAUUCCUACAAGCACGCCAUUUCUCGUGAGACCUUCGGCAAAAAACUUAUCGAGAACCAAGUUAUUAGAUCGAAGUUCAGCGCCAUGGCUCGUAGUCUGGAUUCCACUUAUGCGUGGAUGGAGCAGCUUGUCUACAUAUCCGAGGAAGCAAAGCGAAACGGCUCCGACGCUGGAAUGGGAGGAUUGUUCGCGAACCUCAAGGUCCUUGCGGGGCAGACCUUGGAAAGGGUCAAUCGGGAAGCGCAGCAAGUUAUGGGUGGACUUGGAUACUCGAAGAAUGGACGCGGUGCGAGGAUCGAGCAAAUUAGCCGCGACGUUCGUGUCAUGGUUGUGGGUGGCGGUAGCGAAGAGAUUCUUUCUGAGCUAGCGGUCAACCAGGAGACUAAGGUGAUGAAGAAUCUGCAAAGCAAGCUCUAG